AUGUCCUCUGCGACUGCAGCCACCACGACGGCCUGCGCGGGCCUUUACAACUCGCCUGCGCAUGACGCCAGCUGCGCCAUUCCAGCCGGCGGCAACCACACCGAGAUCAUGUCUGCCUGCUGCAACGGCGCCGACGUCGUCAGCUACUACGACGACUGUGGCCUCUACUGCCUCGCCGAAGGCCAGACUGUUCAGGAUCUCAUCCUCUGUCUCUACAACAAGGGUGCCGGCUGGUCGGACGUCUUCUGCAGCGGCAGCAGCAAUGGCACGGCCACGGGAACUACUGCUCUUCCUACUGGGGCCGGCGCCUCGGUCGUCGUCGGUACUGCCACCAGUACCACGAAGACCGGCACUAAGACUGGCACUACGACCGGAACCGUGAGCAGCAGCAGCAGCACUAGCAGCAGUGCGGCCUCUAGUACACGGCCUCAGGCAAUCGUGAGCACGCUGGGCAUCGCAGUUGGUACAUUGCUCUUCUCAGUGGCCGCGGUUGCUGUUCAACAGGUUUGA